UUGAUUUGGAAUCCUAUUACAGUUGAUCGUCAGCGUUCGGCGCGCUAUUGCCAGGUGAUUGCACUUUGGACAGAUGAACUCUGCACGUUUAGAAAACGACAAACAUGGCGAGAGAAUAGAAUUAAUUACCUAAUAUUUGAAAUGUUCGUUAAUAAGUACACACCUCCAGCAAUUAGGUAUUACAUCAAGAUUCUUUAAACUACUUCGUCAGAGAAACUUAUCUGAACCUCGUACCUCUAAAGAACUAAUGUUGAAUUUACGUGAAUUUGUGUUUUCUCUCAGCACACGACUGCAACUUUUCAACAUUUCAAGCCGAGAUUUACCAUAUGUAUUUCAAGUACAAAACGAUUUCGUAGCAUGUAUGUUUCUUAUUUGGCAAUCAUGAAAUUUAUGCUAUCACGUGGAGUUUGACGACCGACAAUAUGAAAAAUUCUUAAAUAGGGAAGCAUCAUGAGAUUGCAACGGAAUCACAAUAUACUGUGUCACUUGUUGGUUUCGUUAUAGCAGUGAUGUAGUAUAAAACCGAAUAUAAAAAUUACUACAGGAAAAAAAAAAUAUAAGAUUGUGGACCCCGCAUAUUUCCUUUACCAUCAAUAUACGCCUUCAUCUUAAGUGAUUUCCAUCUCUAACCAUCAACUGACAAGGAUCGGGUAAGCUGGCUGAAGAUUUGCAGCGAUAAACAGGAACCUUGGACUUUAAUAACUAAUUCAUGUAAAUAACAAGCAAUAUUAAUUGCACAAUUCGAUCAAAUUAUCAAAAUAAUUAUUAUUUAUUCUGGAUUCUUUUUCUGCAACACACAUCACAAAGACAUUAUGUACGACUGCUUUUUAAGAGUAUCCAUCGGACAAUAUAUAUAAAGACAUCACGAGCAAGGUCUCAUUGAACUAACACCAUCGUCGUUUCGUCGCAUCCAAGAUCUCAAGACCGUACCGUCGAUCAUGGCCUGGGACACAGAAGAGACAGAUGGAAGCACUAUUGCAGCUGGCCCGGUUCCUGGAACCGAUCUAUCACAUUCAAUCCGUGUUCCGUGGAGUAUUCUGGUCGCAUUCAUGCUCCUGGUCCUACUUUGUAGCCGCAAAAUUCGGUUCUACCUCAAAUACCACUCUUUCGCUGGAAUCUAUUUCUUUUUCGGCAUCAUUUGUAUACCUAUUAUGCUCUUCAACGCACGUGAUCCCAAAUCAACCAGAAUUCCGAGAUUACUGGUCCGGAAGGUGCAAAGUCCUCUAUUCGGUAUCACGACCAAAAUGAUCGGAUUGGAACGAUAUCCGGAAGGCCCCUUUGUCAUUGUCUGUAAUCAUCAAAGCUCACUUGAUUGUAUAGGUGUAAUGGAGCUCUGGCCUCCCCGAUGUGUAAUACUCAUGAAGAAAAUGCUCAAGUACGCAGGACCAUUCGGCCUGGGAGCCAUCUUGGCCGGGUCCAUCUUUGUCGACAGGUCUAACCACCGAAGCGCCAAAGACACUUUAAGUCAAGCUGUAAAGAUCAUUCAGACCAAGGGUUAUCGAGUAUUAAUUUUCCCCGAAGGAACCAGAAAGUUACCAAAGGAAUCAUCGGGAAAGAUUGGCAAUUCGGAACCACUGCUCCCAUUUAAAAAGGGAGCAUUCAACCUAGCGAUUCUCUCACAGGUUCCAAUUGUACCUGUCGUAUUCUCUUCGCAGAAGCAUCUGAUUGAUUUCAAGGAAUACAAAUUCGUUUCCGGUGAAUAUACAGGUGUCGUCCUGCCGCCCAUAGCAACCAAGGGGCUGACACUUGAAGAUGUCCCUGAUCUCAGUGACAGAGUCCGUGCCAAGAUGAUCGCUUGCUUCAACGAAAUGGAACAAACUCAAAGCCGCUGAGGGCGCUGUUUACAAGCUUUGGCCCUAUCAUGUACAUGUACUACAAAAUAGGUUCAUGCGCCAAUCAAGCUCGGGUUCGAUGACUUCGAUAUGACUUGUGGAAACUGCGUCGUUGGAUCAGCAUAAUGUUGCCACAAAAUCGUCAAAUACUGCGGACAUGGUCGAAAAUACAUCUUCACAGCUUUUAAAGACAUUAUCGCGAAAUGGCACAAGUUGGUUUCAAUCUAGUUCGAACAUUUCUCUGUUGAUAUAUGGUACGGCCAUUAUGGAGAUUUCGGAGCCAGAAAUGCAUAUACUCUAACAUGGACCUACAACAAACUCUGAUUACAGUAAAGCAUAAUAUGACAAUAAGCCUUAUUAUAAUUAAAGUAUACGCCCUACCGAUAAUCAUCCACAUUUUGAAGAGGAAAAUAACACUCCAUAUAUAUGAGUCUCUUCACAAGAGACUCAUGUGAAGUGUUGCUCUGGUUUGUUACUCAGGUCAACCAACAAGGUUGCAUUACAACUUACAACUUAUACUUUGUAUGUAAAGAAUUCAUGCUGUCCUACAUGUCGGUCCUUCGAUCAACAAUCGUGACUCAGUCUCACUGUAGCGAGGUCGAUCGGGCCGACAGCAAACCGAAAAAACAAUACACCGUUUUCAGUGUGACCAGUAUGAUCCGAUACAGGUUCCCACUACAAACUGGUAAUGCUCGGUCAAUCCUGAUCAUGAGGCAUGAUCGACCAGGAAUGCCUUAUGCCUCUCCCUCUCUUUUAUUAUUUUUUUUUGGGGGGUGUCAAUUUUUUGGCGCCAAUUCGAAUCCCGUAAAAGUUCGACUCUGCAACCGCACGAGGUAUAAUUAUGAAUCAAUUCAACAAUAUUUAUCAGGCUUCAUGUUCAGGCAUAUGGCAUUAACUUUGCUACUACAUUCAUAAUCUCGAGAUUUGUUUCAUAUACAUACACUUAUAGUCUUACAUCCUUAAUGACUAUCUAAAGACUAUCUUGAACCAUAAACUACAUUCACAUCAACGAAACCACUCCAGCCGUUCAAAGUUAUUUCAUAUUUUCAAAAGGGUACGUGUAUCAUCGGUCAGUUUGGAGUUGGCAUUCUUGGUGUGAUUGGAUGGACGUUUUGUCCUUUCAAACGUACGUGAUUAUGGAAAAAUAAAUGCCUUACAUCAUUCAUGUGCAUGGGAAAACGUAAAAGGUUUAUAACAAGGUUUAUAACAAGGUAUAUAGUCCAGGUAUGUUCUGACUUAUCUUUCAUUUCAACUGUAUAUCCUCAAGAUUGAAUUGAAUUGAAUUGAAUUUAUUACCAAAUAUUACUGUCAGGUACAAUUACAAGGAA